ACACACUCAGUCACAUUAGCAGCCGCCGGAUGACAUCAACCCCACGGCUGCUGUGAGUCGCGGAGGCUUUUGCCUGCAUUGGUGGGACCACCAGCAAAGCGACCGGGAACACAGGUUGGCUUUGCUCUGACGUAGCUGGAAGUUUCUUGGUGGGCUGCAGGUCGGCGUGAGAACCGUCCGCUCCUUCAUUCAUUGCAGAAGCUUGCACAGGGGGCCUCCACGCUUUGUCAACCUCGGGCAGCUCCAACAUGGACGAGACACAAGAGCCUUUGGCCAUGACUGUCCAUCUCCUUGCCAACUCUGGGCAUGGCUCGCUUCUGCAGCAGACUCUGGACCAGCUCCUGGACUGCAUUUGCCCAGGGGUGCGACUCUUUCUGGUGUCAGAGCGGGUUAGUCCAGUGAAAUACUAUGACAAGGGCCACCCCAAGCGGUCCCGGUUCCCGGGGAUGUCUGUGUUGCUCUUCCUGCACGAAAGCCUCGGCGAGGAGCGGCUGUUUCGCGUUCUGGACUCCCUCCAGCAUUGGCCGUGGCAGUGCUACCCCGCCCCGAAUGCUCAGGGAAGCCCGUGUCCCUACAUCCUUGCCAAUCAGGAGUUCUACAGUCUGGACCACCAGAUGCCCGUCUGGGGUGUGAGGCAAGUGCACUGUGGCUCCGAGAUGCUGCGAGUGACGCUCUACUGCAGUUUCGAUAACUACGAGGACGCCAUCCGUCUCUACGAGAUGAUCCUGCAGAGGGAAGCCACCCUGCAGAAGAGUGACUUCUGUUUCUUCGUGCUCUAUGCCACCGAGAGCUUUGCCCUUCAGCUUUCCCUGAAGCAGCUGCCCCUCGGAACGUCCGUGGACCCCAAAGAGUCUUCAGUGCUGCAAUUCAAGGUUCAAGAGAUCGGCCAGUUAGUGCCUCUCCUGCCCCACCCGUGUGUCCCCAUCAGCCGCACCCGGUGGCAAACGCAGGACUAUGACGGCAACAAGAUUCUGCUUCAGGUCCAAUUGAAUCCAGGACUUGGUGUCAGGAAUGGCGAGCUUUCCUUCCUGAAUGGCACGUCAGGAGCGGACACGCUUCCCCAGGGCUCUAGGCUUACCCCUGCCUCCACAAGGCGGACCCUGGAGCUGAGGAAGCGAAGAAGCGGGGGCCGGAGGCUCAAGGUGGGUUCUCUGGAAUUCCCUGAGCCCAGUGGGAGCCCAGCACCAGACAGCUGUAGUGGCAACUCCUGGAAAAGCCUUGGCUGCUCAUCGCAGGCCAGCAGCCCAGCCUCGGGCGCCCAGCUGCCUCUGCCUUCUCCCCUUCUCAAAUCCGUGGCCAGAAUGAAGGUCCUCAGCCAGGGAAGCAGCUUUGAGAAGCUGGAGGCAGAGACGAAUGUUGACACAGGCUGCACUGUGGUCAACUCUGAACCCAGGCAAUCGUUUCUGAGUGGAUUUCCAAAGGGUCUGCAAACCAGACAGCCACUACCCUGCUCUCCAGCGUCCUCCUUAGGAGCAGCUGCCUCCAAACACAGCAGGAGCUUGAAGGAUAAGGUCCAUCCUUUGUCGCUAGCUGGCCAAAGGGACCUUAGUGCAAGGAAGAUAAUCUCAAAAUGUCCCCUUCAUCUUCCAGUUCAGGAUGAAGAGAAAGAAGAAUUCUUUAUAUAGCAUAAAACCAACAUGGUUUUCUUAAACACACGAUCAGAUACAGUAUUCUAGAAAUGAAACACUGUUUCUUGUUCAUCUGAGGGGGCCUGAAUGCUAGCCAUGCACAGAUCUGUAUUGGUUUUCUUUCAAAUGUUCAAAGUCUAACGGUGCUGUAAGUGGGUAUUCACUUGUCAUCAUGGUCAUAAGGGAACACAGCCCACAUGUAGGGAAAAAGCUCCCUGCCUCCUGUCCUUGGAGAUACAUUAACCCAGCUGGGAGUGUUGAGUUCAGCACCUAUCAGGAUAAUCGCAUUGUAUGCAAAUGAGUUGGAUGUGCUAUGCAGUCAAUGUUGAUUAGUGUAUGUAAUUUGCUUUUAAUUUUUACUGGGGUUGCAUAGCUCAUGCCCCUAGAUAACAUGGACUAGUUAUUCUUUAGUGGUUUUCUUUUUUCUAAUUUUUAUUUUUUAUGUGACCUCCUUUGGUAACUAGGCCUGUUCACUACAUACCCUCUAGUGAUUUUGCCUUUAAAGUUCUUUGCAUCUGGAAUGAGUUAAUAUGCAAAGUGUUUUGAAAAUUAGAAAUAAUAAUUUCUUUUUCCUGUUGAAUAAGCAGAAACAUUGGAAGCCAAAAAAAUCAGAUUAAAAAGGAAAGCUAGGCUCUAGGGUUUUCCUGCUCCUCGAUUUCUCACUUGUUUCUGCACAACUCCAAUGGGGCCAGUGGUUCAUGGCAUUAACCAGAGCGGGAUGUGACAUGACCGGGUAAUGCGAGAUCUCCACCGAACAUGGCAGGAAAAUUGGAUUGGUUGGGUCACCCAAGACUCGGGCUCUUCUGGCCAUGUUUGAAUUCCUAAAUUCCUUUGCAAUACUCAUUAAUUAAUUAAUUAAUUCAUCGAUACAUUCAUCCAUUCGAUAAAUACUUAUUUGAAUAGGACACUGAUAUAUGGUACACUACAUUCUGUGCCCAUUAAAUCCAAAGUGUUUGUGCUUUCACCAGUAUGAUAAAUCCAUUCUGUUAACUCUGAAGGAUAUGUUGAAGUCCAAACUUAUCCUUCUAGAAACUUUUCCCACAGUUGAGUCCCACACUUGCUGGAUGCGGUAAGCACCCACAACCUGCAGGAAACUAGGCAUAUUCCGUGUUGCAAUUAUAAUCGUGAUGGACAAAUUCUCAAUUGACCAUCUGCUGCAGUUUUUUGGUUGGGUCUCUACACACGUUUAAAAAAGUCUGAGGUCUGUGUAUUUCAGUUAGUUGAUAAAGUUAUUUGACUCUAUGAACUUCCUUCUCCAGGACAGAUGUUACAUAAGACUAUAAAUGCUGAUUUAACUGGACUUCCUGGAGACCUGGUUACUUACUUAGUACACCCAAAUGGGGAGAGGGAUGAAUUUUAUGCCCCAGGACUAGGCUGAAUUUGGGGUGCUCUGCUCAGCUUACAAUAGAAAUGGAUUAGAGUUGCAAAUGGACAAUUACAAGACUUUCAAAUUGAUUUUUUUGUUAUUGUUGUUUUUGGUCUUUACAAAAUCAACAUAUUCUCAUUCUCAUUUUCUUUCUCUCCCUCAGAUUAAAGGUAGAUCUUAGAAAGUGGAAUGAAGAACUUAGUUCAGGUAUGGUUUUCGAUAAUAACAUUUAAAAAAAUGAAAGUCUUUUUUAAGUUGAAUUAUUGAGCUGCCCUGUACAUUCUGACAUUUCUUUCCCACCUUUUAUGAGGUUACUUAAAUUUCUUUAACAUAAUACAUGGGUAAGAAUAUAAGUGCAUGGAAAUCAUGAAGAAUAUUGAGAAAUGUGAAUGAAUACCUUGCAAAAUUGACUUGUAAAAUAAUACACUCUUAAAAUAUCACCUACUCUAUCUAUAUCACCUACUCUAUGAUAUCAUCUACUCAACAUUGGAACCCAAUUUACAACAUUAUAGUAUGGAAAUACGAGUGGGAUAAGGUAGAAGAAGCCCAGAUUUUGGUUUUAAGCUUUAAAAUUUACUAUUUAUGUGACUUUGAACUGUCAGCCUCUUUGAUCUUCUGUUGCUUAUCUCCUAUAAUAAAAGGUUGUUAAAAGAAUGAAGAUUAUGCAUAUGAAAGCAUUUGAAUAUUGCUAAGCAUUAUAAAUAUGCAAGAUGGUAUUACUACAUGGCCCUUCAGACCCACAUUUUAAAAAUGUCAUGGCAACAAAGAAUUUUUUUGAAACAAGUUUUGGUGAAACCAGUGAUACAAUAAAAAAUGCAGUGAUAUAAUGAUUACAAAUAAAAGAAAUCUUGCUAAGAUUUUUACUAGGUGUGCCAUUUAGUUUCAUCUAUCUAAGAGGAAAAUUAUGGAUAGAAAGAAUUAAGUAGAUUCAAAAGAUCAAAAGAGAUUGUAUGAAAGGGGUUAACUAUACACGAAUUUAAUGCAAUUCAUCAAAUUAGACUUUUAACUAUAAUUAUAAUUAUACUGUAUCCCCUAAAAUGUAUCACUUUUUAAAUCGGAGGGACUCCUGAUGACCAGAUUAUUUUAUUUUUCCUUAUAAGUGUGUUAAAAACCAGUUGCAUUGCAGUUGUUUGGUUAUUUUUAACCUAUUAAUAGUAUUUCACACUUUUUUGUAAGCAUUAUUUGGACAUUGCUAAACAUUAAUAGAUACGAUAACAUUUGGAAACUUGUGACCACAUUUGUCUAUUAGGGGGAGUAGAGCAAGAGAUUUGGGGGUGCAUAUACCUUGAUUUUGGAAGAAAUGUGGACCCUCUGCUCUGACAGACUUUGUCUAGGGAUCCUGGUCCUUCCACCUCUCCUCCAACAAUCUGCUCAGAGGUGCUGAAGGCUCUGAGAACAAUGGCGGAAAUGUGGGAAGGGGGAACCGCUUUCUUCCUUUCCAGAGGAAUAUGGAGAAAGAGGAAUGGAAGCUCAAGAGAAGAGAACGGAGCCACAGUACACACCUCAUUUUCUGUUGAUUAGAACCUCCUAAAUUUUAUCUCCACGUUAUAAAACUUGCUCAGAAAUUCCUGAACUAUUACCAUCUUUCUUGUAUCUUCUCUAAACCCUCCUCAUGCAUGUGUUUUUCUCCCUUCUCCUUCCUUUUCGCCCUUCCUUUCAGUUGCUUUUUUCCCCUUCCCUUCUUUUCCCUUCUCUCCCGUGUGUGUGUGUGUGUGUGUGUGUGUGUGUGUGAAUUUGAUUGUCUCUUCAUCCUUCACUCUGUCUUAAAACACUUUUCUUUGCAGCAUCUACCAGGAUUCCUCAAGGGCCUGAAACCAUAGCAGCAACUUCUGAACAGGCCCCUUGGCUAAGCUCUGAGAAAAUGAAGAAGAGAUCCUUGUCAGAGGAAGUUCUCCCCAGUUUCCAAUUUAUCCUCAAGAUUCUGCUGUGGGACUACUAAACCCACAUCACUUAGAAAUAUGUUUGUCUCUCCCCUCACAUCGUCUCCUUUCAUACCUUCUAAACCUUUCUCUGAGAUCUGAGACGGUUCUGGAACAUUUCUCACAAUUAGCAAUUUGAAAAAAAUGGCUGUAGUAUGUGAUAGCAAAACAAAAGACACUAUGACCCCAGAGAGCACAUACAUAAUAGGGUUGAUUUAUUAAGACUUGAUCCUGUUAAACUUUAUUUUCAAAUACAUCACUUAAAAAGUCUAGUUAUUCCAGGGAACCUAUCUGGGCUACCAAAGAUACCAGAAGGUCUCUGGUUAGCAUGAGAAGAAAUGUAUUGUUUUCACAAAUUCCAUUUGGACCGUGUCUGCUCCGGACAGCCCCUCGUUUCAUUGGCGCUUCCUCCAUUUCUCGAGUGUGUACUUUUCCUCGAUUGCCUGUUGACCGCAGACCUACCACAGCUCGCAGCAGCGCCCUGCUCAUCUCGUCCGUCCUCUUUACUGUACGAGCAUCACUGUACAUUCCCUUCGUUGUCUGUGCUGUUGUGCUUUCUCUGAAACUCACUCCCAAGGUUUGGCCUCCUCCAUCUGUUCCACAAGUGCGUCCUGUGCACCAGAGCCCAGUGAUGUGUAUGUCAAGUACCACUCACUUCCUUCCUCCCUCUCCAGGAGCUUGUCCAGGCUCCCAGAGCCUUGGCCAGCGAGCCUCACUUCAACGAAGUAGGUUUUAUCUCCAAGACACAUAGCCACCCUGGAGGGUCACAGCAGAAAGGAUGCUAUUGCUCUCCUCACAAGGGUGUUUGAAUUUCCACAGGUACAGACUGUGGUUGAUUCAAGUUAACAUCCUUUAUAAGCCAUGGUCCUUUUUGUAUCCUUCUCCCGGGAGAACAUUUGCAUCUCAGAAUUUUCUCUUGCUUAGCUCAAUGGUCUAAGUCAGAAAACUAAGUGUGACUGAAUUUUAGCAGGACUUUUUAAUGAGGUAUGUAAAUAUUUCCCUUGUUUUUCACCCUGUCAUUAGUUUGUCACCAGAGGGCACCGUUGUAACACAAUCGAAUCACUUUGGGGUAAUCUCCAAACACUUUUUUCUUCUCUGCUUCGUUGCAAAAGAGGACAAAAGAAAUAUUUUAAAAUUAAUUUGUGUUCAGGAAAUUUCCCAAUAGAAGUCUCACUGGGAGAAAGAAACCACUUGAAA